AAUUUGUAAAUCAAAGCUUGCUACCCUCUUGAAAUAUCAGUGAUUCACUCACUGCAUUAUUCACCCACGCAAUGAGCUUCACACUAGCAUUAGCAAUCCUUUUAAGUUUUCUCGUUCCUUUGUCGAUCAUGUUGAUAAAGAAGAACACGAGAGCCGAACACAAGAGGCUUCCUCCGGGGCCUAGGAAGCUUCCCAUCAUCGGAAACCUCCACCAGCUGAGCCAACCUAUUCACCAAGCUCUUCGACGUCUUUCAGACCAACACUGCCCCCUCAUGUUUCUCCAACUCGGUUCUGUUCCAACGCUUGUCGUCUCAUCAGCCGCUAUGGCCAAACAAGUUCUCAAGACACACGACUUGGUUUUCGCUAGUCGGCCUAGUUUGUAUGCCACAAAAAAAUUGAGUUACAAUGGGACGAAUAUUAGCUUAGCUCCCUAUGGGAAGUACUGGAGGGAAGUAAGAAAAAUUGCACUUGUGGAGUUGCUAAGUGCCAAGAGAGUUGAGUCUUUUGAAGCUAUUCGAAACGAGGAGGUGGCCUAUAUGCUUAAAAAUGUCGAGGAUUCCACAGCAAAAUCUGCUUCAGUUAAUUUCACCGAGUUGAUGUUCAUGGGAUUGAAUAAUGUUGUACUUAGAGCUAUUUUUAGUAUGAAUGGGAAUUAUUGUGAAGACAAGGGGAGGAGUCGUGUUAGUGAAUUUUGUAAAUUGCUUGAUGAAGUGGAGGAGUUGACAGGUUUGGGAAACAUAGCUGAUUCAUUUCCAUGGAUGGGGUGGUAUAACAAGUUAAGCGGUUUUGAUGAAAGAUUGGAAAAGAAUUUCAGAGCUUUGGAUGGUUUUUAUGACAUGGUGAUUCAAGAGCACCGACAGCAGUCCGGGGGAUCUCAGCAUGAAGAUCUUGUUGAUGUAUUACUUCGGGUUCAGAAUGAUCCGAAUCAAGAAAUUAGACUGAGUGAUGAAAACAUCAAAGGCGUGUUAACGGACAUGUUUGUAGCUGGAACAGAUACUUCUUCCACAACACUGGUAUGGAUAAUGACAGAACUGAUGAGAAAGCCAUCAGCAAUGAAGAAAGCACAGGAAGAAGUGAGAGCAGUUGUCAAGGAAAGCGGUUCACUACAGGUAAACGAAAGCCAUCUUCCGAAACUUGCAUACCUAAAGAUGGUUAUGAAAGAGGUACUAAGACUCCACCCUCCAGCCCCUUUACUAGUCCCACGCGAAACAACAGAAAUAUGCAGCAUUGCAGGCUAUGAAAUUCCUGCCAAAACGAGAGUUCUCAUUAACGCGACAUCAAUAGCUAUGGAUCCUGAGUACUGGGAAAAUCCAGAGGAGUUCAAACCAGAAAGAUUUUACAAUAUUGACACUGAUUUCAGAGGCCAGCACUUCGAGUUGCUGCCAUUCGGGGCUGGUAGGAGGGGCUGUCCAGGGAUUAACUUUGCGGUGGUAAUAAUAGAGCUUGCGAUGGCUAGUUUGUUGCAUAGCUACAACUGGAAUAUGCCUGAUGGAGAAAGUGCUGAAGAUAUGAAUAUGGAAGAGUCUGUUGGGAUUGCUGUUCAUAAGAAAACUCCUCUGUAUCUGGUCGCCUCUAAGCCUUCUGCAGCCAUUUAGGCGAUUGUAUAUAAUGUGGUAUGUUGAAUGGAAAUCACGAAUAAAAAGCAGCUCUAGCUAAACUUAUUUAUCUGUAUGUGAUUUUUUUUAUCCUAUGAUCAGUGGUAAUAUCUGUCAAGAACUUUUAGCGAAAA